CGAGAGAGUGUGUGUGAGAGAGGGAAGGAGAGAGGGAGAGAGACUCCGCUCCUCGUGUCUGUAUCCGUCGGUUUCAUUCAGAAAAAAAAAGGGGGAUUUUAUUUUUUUUUUGCAAAGAAUCGUCGCAGUUGUGAGACUGUCUCGGGGGGUCCGGGGGUCGGGGGUCGGGGUGAGCGGCGAUCGGACAGGUCUCUCCCACCGGAUGGUUUUGCGGAGUGAGUGCCCGGGACUGUACUGAACUGAACUGAACUGAACUGGACUGACCUUCGCUGGAGUUUGGAUCGACGUGUUUUACUAUCCGGAGCGUUGGUCUUUGAUCCCCGAGAGAGAGAGAGAGAGAGAGAGGGGGGAGAGGGGUCGGUGGAGCAGCGCGACCCACGGAUUUCAGAUGUGUUCUAAGCCUACUGGAGUGAUCACUCUUCAGUGUACAGAUGGAUACGCGAACUCAAAAUGGCAGCGGUUCUCCAGCCCUGCUACAGUUGCUGCGUGACAGUGGAAGGCAACACGUGGAACCUGACCCCAGGGAUGUACAGCCACAGCAGGUUCAAGUGUUGUCGCUCGAUCAGAUCCGAAUUAUAAGAGCCACUAAUGAAUACACAGAGGGACCUACUGUUGCUCCAAGGCCCGGGAAUAAGUCUGUGUACCGACCACUUUCCCAGCACAAAAAUGAGAGGAUGUCUGGAUUAAGUAAUGACCAAGAGCACCAGCGGUUUAACCACCGUAGUCAGCACCACCAUCAUCAUCAUCACACGCAUUCUUCUUUCAGGCUGCCUUUGACUCGGUCAACUAGCACUGUAAGUGCCGGCUCUCGGAGUAGCACAAGGACAAGUACAAGCAGUACUGCCUCUGACCAGAGGCUUCUGGGACCUUCAUCCUCACCAUCCAGCCAUCUUUCGGAUCGAAUAAUCAGGGUACAGCCUAAAUCGGAAUUUAAAUCCGACAAACUGAAACCUCUGGAGAAAGAAGAGUUGGGAAAGCACAUCUACCGAUGUGAAGACUGUGGAAAGUGCAAGUGCGAGGAAUGCACUUAUCCAAGGACUCUACCUUCCUGCUGGCUCUGCGACAAGCGGUGCCUCUGUUCAGCGCAGAAUGCAGUGGAAUAUGGGACCUGCGUUUGCUUUGUGAAAGGCGUCUUUUACCACUGCUCAAACUAUGACGAUGAGGACAACUGCACAGAUAAUCCGUGCUCCUGCAGCCAGUCACACUGCUGUGCCCGGUGGUCAGCCAUGGGCCUCAUGUCCCUCAUUCUGCCAUGCCUGUGGUGUUACCUGCCUGCCAAGGGAUGCCUUAAAUUGUGCCAGCAGUGCUAUGAUAGGAUUAACCGUCCUGGGUGCCAGUGCAAAAAUUCAAACACAGUUUGCUGCAAGGUUCCCAGCUUACCUCCUCGGAACCUUGAGAAGCCCUCCUAGCUGAGGAGAAGGGAAUUACUCUUUAAAUGCUGUUGCUUGACACUUCUAUUCUGUACACUUGUAGUAUGAGGAGGAGAAACGCAUUUACAAUACUAGCACUGAGUACAAUGCAGGAUGCCUUUCAUCAGACCACCUUAAUUGAUGUAAAUUAAUGAAUCAACAAUCAUUAAGAUGGUCUUGUGUGUCUUUUUUAAAAAAAAUCAAUUUAAAAAGGUAUCUCCCGUUGGGCUUGGUCUUGUCUUCUUGUUGACGAGCAUGAGUGCCCCUAUCUCUUUUUGUUGUGUAUAACAUUAGCGCUGCAGUUAUCCAGAGUUGUGGUUUGCAGUGAUGUUGCUGUUGAUCCUGUUUUCUCCGCCUCUAUUAACUGGUAUGCAAGAGGAUGGAAAACAUCUGAUCAGGGAGAUCAAAACAGGAUACACAAUGCCCAUUGUUUUUGAAACCGCAUAAGCUACAGGUAACUCGUCAACACUCCUGGUCAUUCUGUAUUGUAUGUGAAUAGUUCUUGCAAAGUAUGUAAAUUAGCAAAUUGCUCUUUUUUUGCUGCCAGAGUUAAUUUGUUAUAUUUUUGUAUAUACAAUAAUAUUAAGACUGUGAAAAUGGUGCCAGAUUAAUGGCAGAUUUACAAAAUAUCAUACUAAUAUGUUGUACAUUCAGACAAAUGUGAAUCAAGUUGAUCAAUAUGUUUAGGCUAUAUUUCUCCUUAUAAAAUUUACCAUUACAUGUCUGAUACCCCCUGACAUCAUGUAUAUUGUACAGUUACCAUAAAUUCAGUCUUUAUUUUCUAAUUUUUCAACAUAUUGUUUAGUGUAAAGAAUAUUUAUUUGAAGGUUUAUUAUUUUAUAAAAUAUUUAUUUUAAAAGGCAUCUUACAAAAUUCACCCUUUUUAAAAAAAAUUGGAACAUCGUAGUUGCUGAAAACAAGGGUGACAAAUAGGAUGCGUAUGUUCACUAUAAAAUAGAAAAUAUAUUAACGUUUUGAAAUCAAA